AUGAGCAGAUGCAGGCAUACAUGCUGGCUUAAACCUUGGAUUAGAGGACCAGAAUCUGGUCUGGACGUUACAGAUCGACCCCAACGCAUCCUGCGAGACUUUGACGACCCUGACAUUGAUACUGCUGGCGUCUUGAUGCUCAUCGGGAACCAGUCCAAGCAAGCAGCUUUCAGAAAACUACUCUUUCAGAAUGAGCCAGUCCGCGCACGGGCGAAUGGUGAAGUUCACCUCCUCGUAUCCUCAUUCAGGGAAUACCGCCAGAGGCCUUUUGUGAUCGCAGACACGGACAUACCAAAAUCCCAGAGUAGGCCAUCUUCUCCCAGAGGUCGUCUGUGCCAUGAGGUUACGGUCCACACAUUCAUGGAAAAUUCAAUGCCCAGUGAAGUGAGCGAGAUCCACGAUCAUCUCUUUCACAAGGCCUUGUUUCCGUUCGCCGAUGUUAUCUGUGUAUUUGUGGAAGAUAUCGGUGGGUUUCAAGCUUCGAUGAGGCGGGUCAUAGCGUGGCUGGAGAAAGGACCGCCGUCGAAAAGCCCCGUACGACCGCGAAUACUUCUUGUGGUAAACCAAGAAGAUAAGCAACAGCAUCGUAUUGAAUUGGAACGAUACUUGGAGACUCAUCAUUUCAGAGGUUUGAAUGAUAGUUUCAGUGGUGUUUCCAUCGUAGCGGUCCCGAGGUUUUCGAGUAAGAGAACAAGUAGAAGGUGCAGGUUAACCCGGCGCUGGCAAGUGCUCGGGCCUGAAAUACUCAGAGCCUUGGAGACCAGUAGGCAAUCUCGUCGACGAUCCAACUACCUCUUCUCGGUCCGGCAUCUGGCUGAGUUUCUACAACACGGAGCGAAUGCGACGAGAAACCUGACCUGUGAACCGUUUAAUUUCAUCAAGACAUCUCGCGUACACCGCGAUGUGGCUCCAGACCUGUCUCGUCAUAUCUCAAACUUCUUGGAGAAAUUUACAUCUUUGAGAUCAAUCAAGCAGUUUGCCAUACCAUUGAUUGCUUCGAGCUUACUUAUUGACCAUUAUCCGCUCGGAAUGCACCUUUUCGACCCGCACGACGUAUUUCGAGAGCUGUAUGAGGAUGCGUGUUCUCGCGCAAGUUCUGAGUUCAAAGCAGGCUACAAAGGCUGUUUCGCCACUCCGGAGAUAUUCCAGGCAGUUGGUGCAUCUCUGGACUGGCAUCGACAGCAGCUUGCGCGCACAAGCACACUCUUGGCAUCGGUUUACUCAAUCGAGACAUGCCUGGGUUGCAUCACGCGGCGGCCUCAGUACAGGCUUCAAUGUGGGCACCUAGUCUGCCAAAACUGUAUCAGGACGUUUUACCACCCGGACGAUUCCGAUCCAUGGGUCUUUAAAUCAGAUGCAUGCCACAUUUGUGCGGUAUCCACACCUAACCUCUCUAUUCGCUUAGCUCCAGAUACCUGUCGAGCUCGAGUAUUGAGCAUCGAUGGCGGUGGGAUUCGUGGGGCAGCCCCAAUUGGGUUUCUCAAGACAAUCCAAGAUGCGAUUGGCAUUCCUCACUACGACGUACAGAGGAAUUUUGAUAUCAUGUUUGGCACCAGCUCAGGUGGCUUAAGCGUGAUAAGUCUUGACAUCCUAGGCUGGAGCGUAAAUGAUUGCAUGUCUCAUCUCAAGAAGUUUGCUGGAAAGGCUUUCGAUACUCGAGGUUCCCAUAUCCUACGCCUACUGUCAAGGAUCCCGGUUAUCUCUAGUGUGACUCGUUUGUUUUGCUUCAUCUACGCAGUGCUGAUCGACCGCAAAUACCCUGCCGAUGGUUUGGAAGAACUACUUAUGAGUACCUACGGCCGUGAAAGGUCUAUUACAGACGUUUCUGCGGCCACGGAAAUGGGGUCCCAGGUAGGUAUCACACUGACAAAUGCCCGUGAUGACUACUGCCACCUGAGCUCAGAUGACGGACACCAGCAGGUCAAGUGGUGGGAAGUUUACUUCAAACCAAGACGCAUUGGCGAUCUUGGAACUUUUCAGGAUGGUGGCCUCGCAUUCAACAACCCAGCUUCCAUUGCGAUUCGCGAGGCUCUUGCUUUGAGCCCGGACGCAGCCGAGCCCAGCAUUGUAGUUUCUCUUGGAACAGGCUCCUCUUCUUCGAACCCCGAAGGCGAGUCUUCAAGCAUCCUGGUUGACAAAUUUCCCUUUAGGCUUUCGAGGGCUCUAUGGAGGCAGACAAGCUCUAAGACGGCUUGGAACCACCUUUUGGGUCACCAGAAAGCCGAUGAUCGCACGAGUUUCUUUAGGUUUGAUAUUGAAUUUGAGGAGAAGGAACCGUUGUUAGAUGAGGUGAACAAGAUGGAACAUGUCAGACAAACAGCUUGCCAGACGAUGACAGGAUCAUCAAGCCUUCACCGCCUAUCUCGUCAUCUUCGAGCAGAGCUCUUCUUUUUCGAGUUAGACGACUCAUUGCCACCUUACUUUUUUAAUGGUGCUUACCAAUGUGUGGGAACAAUUUCGUGUAGGCUUCGAGCAAUGACGCCUGAGUAUGAGGCUUUCAUGCAACAACUCUGGCAAAAGACGGCAUCUUUCCGAUUAGGAGGACAGGUACUGGGGAUUACCUGCCAGAAUAUACACGCGAACUUCAGCCACAGGGUUUGUUUUUCUUUGCCAAGUCCGAAGGAUCUAUUCGCAAUCAAAUUGGCAGAAGGAGAGGGCGAUUCUUUUGAUAUCAGCGGGUCUCCGUUCAAGCUCGACUGGCUGAUGCAAAGACAAGGGUUGAACUCCAAGUUUGGCACGUCGGAUCAUCGGAAACGUAAGGGUUCAAGCGUCCCAACGCGAUUGCAGAGUAAGCGCCGGAGGCUCCGGUGAUAAGGCUUUAUCGCGAAGGCGACACAGCUAGAUAUCCUUUCCGUUUAGUUGCGUGUAGAUUUUCUUUCCAUUUAGUCGCAACUAGAGAAGGCCACUUGGUCAGCGGGUGUUCCCGAUGGCAGAGGCAACAUGCGCACCUGUCUACACUAUAAUACUUCUCUUAGCUUGAACUCGCAUCUUUGCGUAGUAAGAAUACAUAAAUCC